UUAUACACAGAUGGGGUCCCUGGAGACAUGGGAGGAGGAGGAGGUGCAGACUGGCCUAGCAGCAGAGGUGGAGGAGGACGUGGUGGUACAGAUUGUCCUGGCAUCAAAGGGGGUGGUGGAGGAAGAGGUGGUGGUACAGAUUGUCCUGGCAUCAAAGGGGGUGGUGGAGGAGGAGGUGGUGGUACAGGUUGGCCUGGCAUCAAAGGGGGUGGUGGUGGAGGAGGUGGUACAGAUUGACAGAACAUCAAAGGAGGUGGAGGGGGUGGCGGUGGUUGAUAUUGGCCUGGAAAUGAAGGAGGUGGAGGAGGUGGAGGAGGAGGUGGAGGUACAGAUUGGCGUGGCAACAAAGGAGGUCGAAGUGGUGGUACAGAAUAGCCUGGCAGAGGAAGAGGUGGUGGGACAGAUUGGCCUGGCAGCCAAGAAUGUGGAAGAAGAGGUGGUCGAACAGAUUGCCUUGGCAAUGAAGGAGGUAGUGGGAGAGGUGGUGGGACAAAUUUGCUUGGCAACAGAGAAGAAGGUAGUGGUGGUACAGAUUGGCGUGGUGGUACAGAUUGGCUUGGCAAUGAAAGAGAUUGAGAAGAAGGUGGAGAUUGGCCUGGCAAUGGAAGAGGUAGAGGAGGUGGUGGUGGAGAAGAUUUGCCUGGCAACAAAGGAUCUGGAGAAAGAGGUUGUGGUACAGUUUCACCUGGCAAUGAAAGAGAUGGAGAAGGUGGUGGUACAGAUUGGCUUGGCAAUGAAAGAGGUGGAAAAGAAGGUGGUGGUACAGAUUGACCUAGCAACAAAGGAGGUGGGGGAGAAGGCGGUGGUACAGAUUGGCUUGACAAUAAAAAAGAUUGGGAUUGGCCUGGCAAUGAAGGAGGUGGAGAAGAAGGUGGUGAUUGGCCUGACAACAAAGGAGGUGGAGAAGGUGGUGGUACAGAUUGGCCUGGCAAUGAAUGAGGUUGAGACUGGCCUGGUAAUGAAGCAGGAAGAGAUUCACCUGGCAAUGAAACAGGUGGAGAAGGCGGUGUAGAUUGCCCUGGCAAUGAAGGAUGUAGAGAUUUGCCUGACAACAAAGGAGAUGGAGAAGAAGGUGGUGCUACAGAUUGGUCUGGUAAUGAAAGAGGUGAAGGUGGUGGUGGUAUAGAUUGGCCUGGCAACAAGGGCAGUGGAGAAGGUGGUGGUACAGAUUGGCCUGGCAAUGAAGGUGGUGAAGAUUCACCUGGCAAUGAAGGAGGUGGUGUAGAUUGGCCUGGCAAUGAAGGGGGAGGAGAAGGAGGUGGAGAUUGGCUUGGCAACGAAUGAGGUGGAGAAGAAUGCAGUUGUACAGAUUUUCCCGAUAAUGAAAGACGUGGAAGAGAAGGUGGUGCUACAGAUUGGCCGGGUAAUGAAAGAGGUGAAGGUGGUGGUGGUAUAGAUUGGC